AUGGCAACAAGUAAGCAAAGCAGCAUCUCCCCUUCUGUGCUCGACUGAUACCUAACAUGAAUGUUAGCGACCUAUCUCAAAAUCGAGCAACCCAGCAACGACGUUUUCAAAAUAAAAGAAGUAUCCGAUCCCAAGGACGCAAACGCCACCUCAUCAAUUCUUCCCGGCGGAUCAGGUCGCUUCGAUACAUUCGGUAGCGCAACUCGGCAAACCUUUGGAGAAGGCUUUCUUGAUUUCGAUUGGAAUGCGGGGCCAAUCGAGGUACUUCUACCAGUGCCCAAUGGAGCAGCGGGGCAGCACUAACAGGUUGUUCAGAUCAAAGGCAUCAUAUCGACAAGCACCAAAGGCGUCGGACUCGAGCUGACUUUCAACGAGGGCGAUGCGGGAACACGCUUGAUUGGGGUGUUUUGGGGUAACCUCGACACGGGGCUGCAGGUUGAGUACACGGGUGGUUCGUCGAAUGCGCGGAUUUACAUCUCCCUGAGAGAAGGGAAGUAUGUGUGGGUUGAUGCUACAAGGGAUCGUUGGGCUAAGAAGAGGGUCAUUUUGACGUUGGCAUAG